AUGACAGUCGCUGAUUUACAGUCAGAAAAACCUGACCUCACGUGUCUGAAUAAUUACUUACAAACCGUGAGCUGUACACUCACAGUCAGCAAAUGGAGGAAUUCUGAAGAGGAGAAUGCUACCGUCAUUGUAGAAUUUAAAGACUUGUAUACAGAUGAUGAUCCGCCUGUGCAAUGCACUCUUGUGAAAGAAGCUGAACAUUUUGGCAGAGUAAGCUACAGCUGCUCACUGGACUUCGAGGAGAACAUCAUUAGCGAUGACAAAUAUCAAAUCAGCCUUCAGAGACAAUUCAACGGCACAACAGAAAAUACAGUGGCAGAUACAGAUUAUAAACCAUCACUGCACAUUAAACCUCUUCGUCCGGUCAAUCUGUCUUUCACUUUGAGCUCAAAUCAGUAUAACUUCACCUGGGAUACAGGCUACCCUGAUCAUCAUUAUCUGGACGAUCACCUGCAGUUUGAAUUGUCAUACAGAAAGAAAGAAGACCCAAUGCACUCCGAGGAAAAUGCAUUGUCCCGUGCUAAUAGCAUGAGGUUUAUAGAUCUGAAAGCAUCCUUUCUUGAAGCAGACACUGUCUACGUUGCGAAAGUCCGCUCCGCACCCAACAAUAUCAGUUACACAGGACACUGGAGUGAGUGGAGCCAGCCGGUGGAGUGGAAGACAGGUGUCCUCGCAAAAAAGAAGUCAGAUAUUAUAGUAAUCAUCGGGUCGAUUGUCAUACCUUUAUUACUGGCAGCUGUCAUACUGGUGUCUCUGUACUUCAAUCUCCCAACAAGGUUUAAAUGUGUGCUGUUCACAAAGAUACCAACACCAGAACCAUUCUUCCAGCCUCUCUACAGCAACCACAAAGGGAAUUUCAGGAACUGGCUCAGUCAUCAGGGGGAUCCACUGAGGAAAGAAGAAGAGCUGACAUUUGACAGCCUCGUGCAGACCAAGCAGGCAAAGACUGAAGACAGCUUCUUCCUGUGCACUCAGGAAGAGGUCCUCAAUCACAUCACUUACAUCAAGCCAAUCUACCAUGAGUGGAGCUGCCCGGCUAAGCACGGUAACGGUGAUGACAGCAAGGGGACCCAGGAGGUUGCCUCUGACAUCGCGAGUAGCCCCCUCGCGGCACUGCCUAAGUCCUUACAGAGUUACGAUGAGAUGUUUAGCGCGCUCUCCUUGGAUCUGGCAGGAGUCACCGACAGUGAUUCCGGGUGUGACGAUAUGACAAGGAGUCCAGACAGCAGCUGGCAGCAAGCCACCUUUUCGUUUGAGCUGCCCCCUGAACCAGAGAGCCUGUGCUACAGCGAUGAUUACUGCACACUCUCGGACACCAACAAUGGACUGAUCCCCACCAAAAUGAUUCGGCAGGUGGUGAAGAGCGCGCAGAGCCCGACUGACAGCUGCCCCCUGGCUGCAGAGUCCGGAGACGACAGCAGCGACCCGCAGGAUUCCCAGAACGAAUACAACCCCGAAUACGAUUCCUACAGCGAAUGCCUGACAGACUCCAGCUUCUCCCCUCACAGCUCUUCCCGGAAGGGCUCCUCAGCUCUGUAAAGGGUUAUGUCACACAUGUUGCAUUGCUUUUAGCUUGUUCACACCCAAUAGGGUUUACACUUUAUGUAUGUCAGAUUGUUGUUCAUAUACCACAAACAUGUGUUAUUAUUAAACUAACGUGAGAGCAGUGCACAUUAGAGAGCUGUGAUUUCCCUAUCAGUGGUUAUUGGGGGGAGAGUAAGAUAUUGAAAAUGCCGUUGUUGGGCCCUUUCUGGUUUCCUACUCGGUUCAGGAUAAUGGUUCACACACACCUCGACACCUCUAGUGCUUUUCACACAGCGUCACUUAUUUAAUUCAGUUGAAUUGAUAUUCACACACUGGAGCACUGAGCUGCAUUGCAUCAAUCUGCCAGCGGGUUCCAAGCAUCUUCAGUAUUCAUUCUAUAUACUCUUAAUUGUUAUAGAAGUUACAGCUUGCUUUCCAGUGGGACUGUCUUGUGAAGGCUUAGAAACCAGCUGUUUUUCUGUAUAAAUAUUAUAGUUCGAGCCUUUAUUAACUUAGUUUGUAAUUAACUGCUGCCAGCUGUAUGUAGCAUUUUAGUUUUGUGUUAGAAAAAAAAAAAAAACAAUGUCCCACCAAGAAGUUACGUUUAAAACCACUGACAUACCAAACCUGUUCCGCAAUCCUUUUUAACCUGUGUGAAACCUCAGUGCAAACUGUGGGAGGGUGUCAGGAGAAAGACGCAGUUGGGACUCCAUAAGAGACUCCCUGAAGGGGAAAGCCUCUGUUACUGCCUUCUCAAGAGAGCCUGGAAAUUUUGUGUAGUGCUACAUUUAUUUGCUGCUUUACGGUUCAGGUAUUUUGCUGCUGUUCAUAAAUAAAAAAAAGUUAAGUAUGUCUGAAAUGUGCUGCACAUUUUAUAGAUAUGAUUUAUACAGAAUGUGUUGUGUUUCAAUGGCAAUUCUGAGCCACCCACGUUAUCAGCAGUCUAACAGUACCAACACAAUAGAAGGCUUCCCAGCACAGAGAGUGGGUUUAGACAGAGGCUGGGCGGUGCAAGUUUUCUUCAAAAUGAAUAUGUGCUAAUGGCAAUCACACACUCCUAGUUGUGCAGUCCGCUCUUGUAACAUAACAAUAGUAAAUAGCUAUAUUGUUGCAUUACUGUUCUGAAUGAAUUAGUCUGUUUAUUAAUUGAGUCAGGUGAUGGACUGACAGAAAUGAAGGUCCCAUAUGUCUACAACAAAAUGAUGAAGAGAAUUAAAAGAAAUACUUAAAAACUGUACAAAAAAACCUGAAUUGCUGAAUGCAGAAAUUCUCAAGAAGUAAACGUAUUUUAAAGUGAUUCGUCAUUUAGUCACGUUUACUUAGUAAUGAAAGAGAUUUAUGCCAAAGAUGAUUUCUAAGUUAGUAAUGUUUGCUAUUUUUAUUUACUCGUUAUUAGUAACAACAACACAAAAAUCAAAUGACUUAAAAAUAAUUCCCAUUUCUGUCAUGUCAUUUGUAAUUUUUCCCCACUCUUGUUUAGUUUUUGUUAAAGGCUUGUUAACUAUCCACAGACCCAACCUAGCUAAUGAUUUUCAGCUCUGGUUUUCAAUAUGUUAAAAGGUACAAUUAAAACAAACUGUAUUUUCUAAUACAGUACGGGCUGCUGUGCAAUAUGGGAACACCCCCUCACACACUUACCCAACAUGCAUGAUUUUCCAUGACCACGUCAAGCUUUUGUAACUGCAGACGAGAAUUGCUUUUCACAGUGCAGUCCACAGUGAUUAGGGGAGCAGUGAAAUGGUAUUUAAUCCUUUAAAGCAAGGGCUGGCCAAAGUUGUCA